UGGCAGUUUUGUUUGAACUUCAAAGCAAGUUAAAGUAGACGGGAGGCAAAGUUUAGCCUGUUUAUCAACCACAGCGGGUAACACUACAUAUUCAACAGAGAUAUCGCACGGACACAGUUUGUCGCUUCUUUAUCUUGAGAACUACUGGCAUGCUUUCAUUUAAUUACAGUGCAUUUAGCUCGUCAUUUUCUCGCUGAAAACUAAAGGAAAUCGUGACCUGGAUUUGUUUUGUCUCCACUGGGGAGCUACAGGUUAAGCAGCUAGCUAAUCCAAGGAGAUAAUUAAUCCGAAUCCGUUAAUCACCGUUGCAAAGAGUCGAGGAGGAGGAGGGGAGGAGUGUACCACUCCAACGUCAGUCGAGAUAAAGACGUUAAGGUUCCGGCUCAGAGUUGGUAUUUGGACAUUUCUCCGAUGAAAUGAAAACUCACGUAGACUCACAUUGAUGGUGGCUGAAAGUAUGCGGAAUAAACUUGAAGUCGUCAAACGGAAACGUGACAAGCCUGUUGAAACUACAAGGGUCACUUCAGCAGUAGGUGUAAGCGGAGUGCAGCUCCUCAGGGCAUGAAACCUUCACACAGCUCUGCACUGAGGAAGGAAGCGACACGAUGGCAGCCUGCGGAAGAAGGAAUCGACCCAAGCUACUUUUUUUCCUCUGUGGUGCCACUUUAGUUGGGUAUCUGAUAUUUUUCAGACACAACUCCGGGGACGUGAGCGCGACAAAUCGACUAGGGGCCUCUGUGGAGGGAGGAGAGGUGGAAAAUGAACAGCUCAAGAAGCCCGUCUACGAGAAGCCCCCCAUGUCUUUAGAUGCCCUGGGCGAAAUGGGGAGAGCUGUCAAACUGAAUCUGAACGGAGAGGAGAAAAGGAAAGAAGAGGAAAGUCUCAAAAAGAAUCAGAUUAACACAUAUGUCAGUGAUAAAGUGUCUCUACAUCGCAGGCUGCCAGAGAGAUGGAACCCACUUUGCAGAGAGCUGAAAUAUGAUUACCGGUCCUUGCCAACAACCUCUGUGGUGAUUGCCUUCUACAACGAGGCCUGGUCCACCCUCCUGAGGACAGUCCAUAGCGUGCUGGAAACGUCCCCUGACAUUCUGCUGAAAGAGGUGGUGCUGGUGGACGACUACAGUGAUAGAGCUCAUCUGAAGGAGCCAUUGGAAAAGUACAUCUCAGGAUUGAGGAAGGUGCGUCUGAUCCGGGCCACCAAGAGGGAGGGAUUGGUGCGGGCCCGGUUGCUAGGGGCAUCCAUUACCACGGGAGAUGUACUGACCUUCCUGGACUGUCACUGUGAGUGUCACGAGGGCUGGUUAGAGCCCCUGCUCCAAAGGAUCAAAGAGGAGCCAUCAGCUGUGGUGUGUCCUGUCAUUGAUGUGAUUGACUGGAACACCUUCCAGUAUUUAGGCAACCCUGGUGAACCUCAGAUUGGGGGGUUUGAUUGGCGGUUGGUCUUCACCUGGCACAGUGUCCCAGAGCAUGAGCAGAAACGCCGUCGCUCACCCACUGAUGUCAUCAGGUCUCCUACCAUGGCAGGUGGUCUGUUUGCUGUAAACAAGAACUACUUUCAUUACCUGGGAACAUAUGACACAGGGAUGGAGGUGUGGGGAGGAGAGAACCUGGAGUUCUCCUUCAGAAUUUGGCAGUGUGGGGGCAGCCUGGAGAUCCACCCAUGCUCCCAUGUGGGCCAUGUGUUCCCUAAAAAGGCCCCUUACUCACGGAGCAAAGCUCUGGCAAACAGUGUGAGAGCUGCUGAGGUCUGGAUGGAUGAAUACAAAGAGAUUUACUACCAUCGAAACCCCCACGCACGACUGGAGGCCUUUGGAGACGUGACAGAGCGGAAGAGGCUUAGAGAGAAGCUGGGCUGUAAGAACUUCAAGUGGUAUUUGGAUAAUGUUUACCUUGAUAUUCACGUCCCAGAGGAUCGGCCAGGCAUGUUUGGAAUGUUUAAAAACCGGGGCAAGAACAACUACUGCUUUGACUACAAUCCUGCAGAUGAACACACGGUGGUGGGUCAAAGGGUCAUCCUCUACCAGUGUCACGGCAUGGGUCAGAACCAGUUCUUUGAAUACUCCACGGACGGUGAGAUCUGCUAUAACACGAGGGAACCUGCAGGAUGCAUUGUGGGUGACAACAUCAGCACCUACCUGACACUCCAGCUGUGCAGAAAACGAGGACAACCUGUGCCUAAAGAUCAGAAAUUUGUCUUCCGAGAGGAUGGGAGUCUGUAUCAUGUGGCGAGCCAGAAAUGUGUUGAGGCAGUAGACAAGACAGACAACGGGACACCAGCCCCCUCACUCCAGCCCUGCUCUGACAGCCUCCACCAGAAGUGGUUCUUUGAGGAGAGAAUGUAAUGGCAUCAACCUUGAAUAUAUUUACGAAUCUGUUUUUCAUUCAGGCUAAUAUCCUGAGGAGGGAUAUCGGUGGAUUGACUUGUUAAAUGUUUUUUGAUAUGUGUGCCUUGCCCUGAAAGGAGCCCAAAGGAGGAAGCCUCUAUGCUCCCUUCCAAACUUCAACCUUUGCACAUUUCUUCCAGCUGGAUUUAAUGGAUCAAGAGGAAAUUAUACUGAUAAGUACUUACUUUCUGAAGUACUUUAUAAAUAUAUAUAUAUAUAUAUAUAUAUAUAUAUAUAUAUACAUGGGGAUAUUUUUUUUAUUUGGAUGCUGUUUCUGGCAGACAGGAGCCCACUGGAAUAUGAAAAGUUUUUCUAAGCAAGGACAUGCUUGAGAAUUAGUGAAAACCUGCAGAACUGUAUAUGCUGACAUUUUUCUUCUUUUUCAUUUACCCACUCCACCGCUGCUGAAAUCUUAGCGAGAUCAGUUUAGUUUUAUGUGCACAUGGACAAACACUGAAACUUGUGUGCAUCCAUCUGAAAGAAAACAACUGCUUAAAUACCUCUGUCAUCAUACCCGUAGCCUCUUAUGAGCUGCUGGUUGGCAUAACAGCGAUUUUCAGAACCACAUGAUGAGACAUUUUAGGAUAUUUGCAUCUUCUCCUGUAGAGGGGGCCAACGCACCUCUCUGCACUUUCCUCUCUUUCACUGUGCUUUCUAUUUGUCAAGAGAAAGUGGGACAUAUCUUCAGGUAUUUUGUUAAGAACCUUUUCAAGACAUUUUGAGUGCUCGCUACUCUUACAUACAGGUGGCUUAGAGAAAAGCCUUAAAUCACAGGCAUUAUGCAAGUACCUAGGAAAUCUUGAACUUAAUCACCUAACUACUGAUAACAGGAGAAACUCCAGUCUUAAACUGUUCAGCUUUUACUGAGGUAAUUUUGAAAUGCAGGGUAAAAUGACAUGGGUCGUUUUGCUAGUUUUUGUAGUCAUUUUAAUAAAGGAAGAAAAAAAACAUUCAACAUAAUGUACUUGCUUCUGCAGCUUCAAAAUACUAAAUCAUAGCCAUAUUUUAUGGAUUGAAUUCAUGUGGUGUCAAUUAUGUUUAUUUAAAGUGAUGUAUUUUGUAGAUGAGACUAAAUUACUGUGUUAUUUUAAUAGCGUCAUUGCAGAUAUAUCUCAACUUCAGUCAUAAAUAAGUGGAAAUUUAUUAAUUUAAUGCUGGUUAGUGCAAAUGUAUAAACACUGAGCUCGCAAGAAAAGGGUCUUCCUCCUCAUCUUACUUGUCCACUUAGAGCUCAUGGAAAGUGCUGGAUGUAAAAAAAAACUUUAACUAUAACUAUUUUAGGAUUUCCCUUCACGUUACUAGGAUCAUGAAGAAUGCUCAUGAACUGAAUGUAUAUUUUGUUGCACGAUGAGACAGAAAGAGAGCAGUAGUUAAAGUUGAGACAGAGUUUCUGCUCACUCACAGUACAUACGGGCCUCUGCUGAGAAUAUGCACUGGCGAGCAGGCAUUCCCUUGAGCGAAUGCAUAUUACUCUGGUGGGUUGUGCUGGUUUGUGCACACUGCCUCUGUUUCCAUUCGGCAGAAUUCGUCAACGAUAGAUCCUGUUCAGAGUCGUGGUCAGUUCUGUGGCUGUCCCUCAGGCUAUGCAGAGGGAAUAAGGGAAACACAGCGGAGUGGUAGACAGUUGUUGGUGUCUCCAGAGCGCUGGGAUGGCAGAUGGCUUCCUGAUUGAUUUUUCUGGUCCUUUCCCAAUUCUUUAUCACCACCCUCUCUGUGUCAAACGUGUGCGGUGGCGGCGGACUUAUCUUUUGGACUAACGCCAGCCAAAUCCUCCUCAGAUGCGCACUUGUAUACUCAUGUGCUUGAGGUUUGAUUUAUGAACGGAAAUCAUCAAGAGUACAGUUUUUGACAGCAGAAGCAGAUAAUGGAGGAGGCUGACUGAAGCAAUUUGUGACCUCUUCCUUACCAUUAACCUUCACAGGCUGUUGGCCCAUCAGUCUCAGAGGAGCUCUGUUAGGAAUUGAUGUUGGAGGAUCAUCGGACUAAAAUAGAUUUUUUCUAUUGAUUCAGAAUGUAUACUCACAAUAAGAUAAAUGGGAGAUAGAAAAAGAGAUUUUGCCAGCUGGGACUUGAGUAGAAUCAGAAUCCCUUCCUUUGCCAAAUAUAAUGAAUGCAAUGCGUAAUGGUGGUGUUUCGAGAACAUGGUAACAUCUGUGCGUAUGAGCUCACUUAGUACAAGCCUAAAGGGACAGAGCAAGAUGUGCAUUACUUACCACUCUGUACAUAUAUUAACAAUUUUAUUGCAGCAUGCAGAGCAGUGUAAAGGAGCAUGAGAUAACUGUACUGAUGAAAGCAUGAAAUAAGUUCAAAUCAUAUUUGAAUAUGGAGUAAUUCCUGGGGUUAAAGUUCCCAGGAGUCCAUAAAGGCUUUUGCUACCAUUAUGAGUGGUACAUGAUUGUGGAGACAAUGCUUGGUAAUAAAUCAAAUGGACCAAAAAACCAGUAGGAAGAUUGUGGUCAGCUUCUCAAAGGGAGGGGCAUCUUUCUCAGGAUUGUUUGAUGGUUGGUAUGGCUUAAAAGAGCAAAUUGUGUAUGGUCAUAAUGCUUGUUUUUAGUCUUGAUAGCAGAGCGCCAUAUGGCUGAGAAAGUCUUAAUAACAGGUUGUUUGAAACAGUUUCCAAGCUGUGCAUGUUUCCUGGCAAUCGUGCCAAACUCCUUGAGGGCUGAGCUUUCCACGAUUUAAGAAAAGAAAAGUUUCUUCAGUGAGUAUCAUCCGUGAGAGAUCAGUUUCACCGGCAACAGGUGAAAUUGCUCUUUUAACACAGUGCUUCAUGCUUUAUGUAUUGAACACUUCAGAAGUGACAGUUUUUCCAUUUUCUUUAGUUUGUGUCUGCCUCUGAGUGCAGUAUAAAUAUUCUAUCCUUUUAUUAAAAAGGGUAAUUUAUUGUUCAGUGUGGCCAUCUGUUAUCCCAGGCAUGUCCUACAUACACUGGCAUUAUAUUGUAUGCUAAUUUGAUAUUCUACACACAGCUGCAAUAAAAUUGAUAUUCGCCCAUUGGGGUCAUGUCUCUCUGGCAGGUCAUAUAGGGCUUUUAUAUCAACCAAACAUUUGUCGUAAACGGUGGUGAUAUUCCAGGGAUCUGUUGAAGCACUUGAACCAGUAAAGUGGCUGAUUGCACUGUCACCCAACCCUAAUGGACCAGGCAGUGCUGUUUUACAACAGCAUGCACAUCUUCUGUUUAUAAUGCUAAACAAUUCCCAGUGGAGACAUUUGAAUUAUUUAAGUGUUAAAUUUACAGAAAUAAUAAUGCUGGAAUUCAACACCGUGUCUGGUGUAUUUGUGUUGUUACUAACUCCAGUGGCCUUAUAUUGUUAUUAGGAAAGUGAAGGAUGCAAUUAACAUUAUUUUUGUAUGUAUGUGUAUUUUUUGUUGGAUCCAAUAAAUGGACCAUAUCUGA